GAUAUAAUGGUGGUGAUAUAAAUACGGCUGAAUUGUAUGAUCCAUCAACAGGUCUUUGGAUAAUCACUGGAAGUAUGAGUUAUUCUCGAUAUCAUCACAAAGCAAUUGUGUUAACCAAUGGCAAAGUAUUAGUCACUGCUGGAUAUGAUGUUGGUAGUACUAUUUUAAAUAGUGCUGAAUUGUAUGACCCAUCAACAGGUGCGUGGACAGUCACUGGGAGUUUGAGUUAUGCUCGACAUGCUCACACAGCAUGCGUGCUAUCGAAUGGAAAAGUAUUAGUUGCAGGUGGAGUUGGAAUUAGCUCUUCGGAGCUGUAUCAACCAUAA